CCCACGUGACCUCCCUCGGAGCCCUGUCAGGAAGUUCUUCCUGCAGCCGCCAGCGGUGCACUGCGCAUGCCCCUAGCCACCAUUUUGCCUUGUAGUGUUGUGUCGGGGGGUCGUUCUCCGGGGCGGGGGAGGCUGUGGAAAUCAGGGCCCGGGAGAUCACCGUAAAGAAAGGCCGAGGGAGCACUCGAGCUAUUCAAUCCGGCGGCACAUCCAUUGACGAGAAGGAUCGGCGCCAGCACACAGCCCAGCCCAGGCAGACAUGGCCAACAUCGCGGCGCAGAGGAUCAAGAGGGAGUUCAAAGAAGUGCUAAAAAGCGAGGAGACUAGCAAAAACCAAAUCAAAGUAGACCUAGUAGACGAGAAUUUCUCUGAGCUGAGAGGCGAAAUUGCCGGUCCCCCAGACACACCGUAUGAAGGUGGGCGCUAUCAAUUAGAAAUAAAAAUCCCAGAAACAUACCCUUUCAAUCCACCAAAGGUGCGGUUUAUUACUAAAAUUUGGCAUCCAAAUAUUAGUUCAGUUACAGGAGCCAUAUGUCUGGAUAUAUUGAAAGAUCAAUGGGCAGCAGCUAUGACGUUAAGAACAGUGUUGUUAUCGUUGCAAGCUUUGUUGGCUGCAGCAGAACCAGAUGACCCACAGGACGCAGUGGUGGCUAACCAGUACAAGCAAAAUCCAGAUAUGUUUAAACAGACAGCUCGCCUGUGGGCACAUGUAUAUGCAGGCGCACCAGUCACUAGUCCAGAAUACACAAGAAAAAUAGAAAAUCUCUGUGCUAUGGGCUUCGAUAGGAAUGCAGUAAUAGCUGCUUUGUCAUCAAAGGCAUGGGAUGUAGAGACUGCAACAGAACUUCUGCUGAGUAACUGAGAUAAAUCAUCUGGUCCCUGCUCGCCCCUUCCCAAGAGCUCGACAUCUUUUUAUUUUUAAGAUUCUGCAUAAAAGAGGAGAAAAAAAAACAAAACACGACACACAAAAAAAAAAAAAACACGCACUCCUGCGUGACAAUGAUAUGUAGGCCAUUCUGGAGACUGAUGGGGGAAACUGCUCUGUAAAUAAAGCUGAUUAAACGUGUAAAUUAAAUGACAACCAAACCAAGGGGAGGGGUACGAGUAUUUUUUUUUUUUUUUUUUUUCCUUUAUUGUUAAAAAAAAAUAAUCUUGGAGCUGAACCAAUGGAAAAAAAAAAAUAUGCGUUUAUGUUUUACCAUGUGACAGAGAGUGGCACAAUGUCCCGGAUGGUUUUUAUUUAAUUUUUUUCAAUUUUUAAUUUUUAUUUUGGUCUCCUGUUCCGGAGGGGGACACAUCAGCAGGCUCAUUCUAUGGGGUUCUAGGCCUUCAUUUUGCCAGUCACUGUCUACCAUACUGCUAGUACCAGCCAUCCUUUUUGUGUCUGUGGAGUUGCAUGCGUGCACAACAUUGGGUUAACAUUGAUUUGUCAAAACUCUUCAUUUGUGAUAUAUUUUAUUUUUUUUGGGUACUGGAGACAUGAAAAAUACGGUUUCCAUAAACCAGGCAUAGAUGUGAUGUGGAAUGCCAGGCGUUACUUGAUGAAUAGUCCUAAUGUUAUAUGUCCCCGUUCUGUCUACCACCUAUUUCAUAACAAACUUCAAAGCAUAAAAUGCAAAAAAAUACAACAAAAAAGGCCAUAAAACAUUUUUAUGGCACUUUAUUUUUGGAUUUUGCAUUACUUGAUAGAUGUCGGGUAGCGCAAGAGACUGAUGCUUAAGUCUACCACAAUCAUUUUUGGAAAACUAAAAUAGAAGAUAGUUGAAGGAGCCAACCAAUGAGAAAGCAAACAAAAUAGAUCUGUGGCUACAAUAUAUAUGUAUUUGUUUUUUAAUGAUCGUGCACAUCUACAAAUUAAGGGGAAUAAAAAGUUGUUAACAAUGUUAAUAAAACAAAUGUGGAAUUUUGUGCCUAAAGCUACAAUGCAGACCUAUGGCUAGUCUGACCCUGCAGUCUGCUCCUCACCUAAAGCUUUAAGAGGAAUAGGUCAUCAAUAUGAGUCCAAACACAGUGAACUAAUGCAGGAAGCAAACAGCUCCGUACAUUGGGGGAGAAUUAUCAAAGGAUUUAGACUGGUUUUUCCCAUCUAAAAUUGUCGCACAGAAAGUCGCAGUCUAAAUAUGUGCGACUUUUUCGACUUUUGCUUUGGAGGAUUUUUUAGAACAUGAUGCAUUCUAGUCUAUUUUAGACAGAAAAAUGCAUUGGUGCUGAAUUUAUCAAUAGCGACUUUUUGGCGAAAGGUUGCAUUGGCUGAAAGUAAUCUGAAAUGUCAGACCAUACUGAAGCAGGUUUAAAUACAGUCUAAACUAUAGAUCCCAAAGUCUGUGCACAGAAUUUAUCAAGAGCCGUGCGUCUUUUGAUAAAUAGACCAGCCUAACUAGAGAUGAGCGAAUUUACAGUAAAUUCGAUUCGUCACGAACUUUUCAGCUCGGCAGUUGACUUAUC